AUGAAAGGAAUGGCCACAGUUUCCCCUGCAGGCAAUGAACACCUCCUGAUGCUUCUCAGAGAAAACAAUCACAAUUGGUUUUCAUUUGUGGGGGAAUUGAAGAUGUUGCUUCACAUGUACACCCCUGAGGUCCUAAACCAGGUGCUUGUGGAUUUAGCAGCAUUCCUGCCUUUCAGUGACUUGCCUGACGAAGAAGAAAGACUAGUAGAACAAUCCCGGCAAGCAUUCUUGAUGACAGAGAGAAGAGUAGCAAGAGAAGAUGAUGAUGUGUUGUCUGAUUCAGAGAGCGAUGAUCCAGAGGAUUGGGUGGAUGUGGGUAAAGGACUCACUGAGAAGAUGAAAUCACUUGUGGUAAACGAAAAGAAAAACAGAAGAAAAGGGAUAGGAGAAGGCUUCUAAAGCUGGUGGCAGAGAAAAGUGUACUGAAGAGAAGGGUUCCAAAACGUGCUUCAAAAUUACUUAAGCAAUUCCCUAACCUUGGGAAAGAUAUUGAAGAUUUCGUACAUGAAAAUCGAAUUGGGGCAGAUGCAUGGAGAAGAACGGGUGUUGCCACCUUUGAUGGAAACGUUAAGAGUGGGCCUCGUGUGACAUACCGCAAAAUCAAAGAACACCUAGAAAGAAAGUAUCAGAGAAAGUUUAGUUAUGGGGCAAUUGUCCAGCUGUCUGUUGUCCGGAACAAAAGGCGCCAAUCUUCCAAACGCUAUUGGGGUGCAGCACAGAUUACUUGCAGAAGGGCUCGAAAAGGAUUUAACAUCAAGCUAAACCCAGAUGCACACUGGAGUUCCUCCUUCUACAAAGGACUGGACAAGAUACAGUUAGAAGAUGGUAGAGACAAGUGUAUAAUCAAUCGUGACGACGCAGCUGGCUUCAGAUUAGACACCACAUAUACUCAUAAGCAGUAUAAGGCAAUCUCGGAUGCAAGUCAACAAGAAGUCACAACAAGAACACACUAUGUCAACAAAUAUGCAUCCAUAUUACAAGUGACAUCGUAUCUAGUGCCAGGUACAAAAAAAACUCCCCAAUACUCAGCAGGCAUUGUCAAAGCACACAUUGUGUACCCGAAAGAUCCAUCGCAGCAUGCGGCAGAUGUUGUUAUGCUCGAGAAUGAACAGGAAUUCAAGCCCUGCAUGAAGAACAAGCCAAUAUAUUGCAUUCAGUAGACGGUGCAGCUGAUGAAGGUCCGUCACAUAAAGAAGUAAAAUUUAUGUGGACCGAGCGACAUUUGGAACAGGAAAAAGUGUGCACCUUGGUCACCACCCGCUGCAGUGGCUCGUCAUACCUAAACAGAGUUGAGCUUCAAAAUGGAUGUUUGUCUGUAGCCCAUGGAAAUAUCUUCAUUCCGUCAACCAUUCAUGGAACCAACUUUGGAAAGAAUGGGUCAAUUGAUUAUGAAAAACUUGAAAGAAAUCUUGAUGCUGCUACGGAUGUUUAUAUCAGCAAGUGUAAUAAUGCGCCAUUUGGAAACUCGUCCAUAACGCUUUUUAAGGGCAACAGGAAUGAUCUUGCAAGGAAAUACAAAAGCAGACGACCUCACCUUAUUGCAUUUUUGAAGGGUUCACAGCAGAGCAAAAGAAAACUCAAGGAAGAAAACCCAGCCCUUUUUGAAUACUUCACAGAAAUUUGGCAGCUUAGAGAUCGGCACAUGGUGGAGGGGCUCCCAAGUCAGUACAUAUUCCAGCUCCUACCAUGCUACAAAGAUGUCUGCAUUCACCCAGUCUGCAGAAAAGGUAAACCUGAUAAAGAGCUUGUGUGGUACGCUGGUUGA